GCUUAUCACUCCACUCCCUUCAUGACGCUGACAGCUCAUAAGCCUAUAAAACGUGCCUUAGCUCCCAGUCCCAUUCUCGUUCAGCAAAACCAAAAGCAAGAGUGGCUGCACAGAAGAGGAAUGAGACUCUUUACCCAUAGAUGGCUCUUCUGAUUUAGCUAGUACAGCAUUUCUAACAGUUUGAACAGCACAGCCAAAGCUUUCUCUGACAGCUCUCUCCCUCCCAGUUCUUGCUGUGCUGCCUAACUUCCUUUUUUCCUUCUUUCCUCUCCUUAUCUUUCUGGGGGGAUUCUGGAGGGUAGGGAGAGGGAGGUGGGAGAGAUAUUCCCUGAAGAAAGGAAAAGAACAUCCAAGAUGAAUUCUGUCUCCACAGCCAACUGGAAUGAAAGCUUGAGCAGCAGGUGGAAUAUGAGCCUUGCUGCAGCAAGUGACCCCUGGGGACAGGCACUGGGAGCCCCAGCUGGAAAUGCUUCUACCCCUGUUGCAACCAACUUCUCCAACCAGUUUGUGCAGCCGUCCUGGCGCAUCGCCUUGUGGUCUCUGGCAUAUGGUGGUGUGGUGGCAGUGGCCAUUUUUGGAAAUCUCAUUGUCAUCUGGAUCAUCCUGGCUCAUAAGCGCAUGAGGACUGUGACCAAUUACUUCCUGGUGAACCUGGCCUUCUCUGAUGCCUCCAUGGCUGCUUUCAAUACUCUCAUCAACUUCAUCUAUGCACUGCACAGCGAGUGGUAUUUUGGAGAGGCUUACUGCCGUUUCCACAACUUCUUCCCCAUCACAGCCGUCUUCGCCAGCAUCUACUCCAUGACAGCGAUUGCUGUUGACAGGUACAUGGCCAUUAUUGAUCCCUUGAAACCCAGGCUCUCUGCAACUGCUACCAAGGUGGUCAUUGGGGGAAUAUGGAUUUUGGCUUUCCUGUUGGCCUUUCCCCAGUGCCUCUACUCUAUAACCAAGGUGAUGCCUGGGAGAACUCUUUGCUAUGUAGCAUGGCCAGGCGGUCCAAAACAGCAUUUUCUGUAUCACGUCAUUGUGAUUGUGCUGGUCUACUGUUUUCCACUGCUUGUCAUGGGAAUCACUUAUUCUGUAGUGGGAAUUACCCUCUGGGGAGGAGAAAUACCAGGUGACACAUCGGACAAAUAUCACGAGCAGCUCAAAGCUAAGAGAAAGGUGGUAAAAAUGAUGAUUGUGGUUGUGAUGACAUUUGCCAUCUGCUGGCUGCCCUACCACACUUACUUUAUAGUUACUGGGAUCUAUCAACAACUAAAUCGGUGGAAAUACAUUCAGCAAAUCUAUUUGGCGAGUUUUUGGCUUGCCAUGAGUUCUACCAUGUACAAUCCCAUUAUCUACUGCUGCCUUAAUAAGAGGUUCCGAGCUGGCUUCAAGAGAGCUUUCCGCUGGUGUCCCUUCAUUGAGUUGUCCAGCCAUGAUGAACUAGAGCUCAAGGCUGCCAGGUUUCAUCCCACUCAGCAAAGCAGUCUAUAUGCUGUGUCCAGAAUGGAGUCCAGCAUAACAGUAGUGCUUGACACCAAUGAUGGAGACAACUCCCAUCCCAGUCGCAAGAAAAAAGCAGCUCCAAGGAAUGCGAGUUUCAAUGGCUGCUCACGGAGGAAUUCGAAGGCUGUCUCCACAGCCUCAAGUUUCACCAGUUCACUGUACACAGCGGGAGAUGAUUACUCCUAAGCUCCUUUCUUGGUGACAUUUGCAAGAAAGGCAGCACUGGACAUGCAAGACUCAACGCUCUACUUCCAUAUCUAUGGAAGUAGGUACAAACUCCACAGGAAAACAAAUGUAUUACAACUGGUGAAUCUCAGCUAUAAAUAUCAUGAAACUGUUAAAUAUCACCUUCCUUUGUGCUUUGGAGAGAAAGAUGAACUUGAAGACAUACUUACUCAUUAGUCCAAAAGCACGGUUACACCUCAUAUACAGCACUGUUUGUAAGGACUGCCUAAAACAAGCUAAAGGCACAAAACCCACUGUUUUCAGCUCCUGACCUCUGAUAUUUACUGAAAUGUAACAGGUUCCUUCAUUUACUGAACUUCAGGUGGUCUUCUGUCUCGUGUAUUAAUUUGACAAUAACAAAGUUGUAAGACCUAAAAUAUUUCUUUACAAUAAAGAUUUAAUGGGACAC